CAUAAUUUCGUUCGGUUUUUCCAGCUGUGAAUGUUAACUACAACUUCGUUUGCACCGGUAGCCGCAUUAUCAUCUCAAUGGCGUCUGCCGGAACCGAUUCGAGCCAGAAUUCGGGCCUUUUUUGAAGUGGUGACGUUCAUGGUUAUGGGCGUUAUUGGCUACAUGGUAAACGCAGUCUACGGAGCCAUGUUCACCUCAGGCAACGAAUCUACGACGGAGGGUCUCCUCUAUCCGAUCGAAUCGGAAACACGCGAACGGAAGUCGCUGGACGGGAUGUGGAACUUUGUGCGCUCGGAUAGCAACCACCCAUCGCAGGGCAUUCGGGAGAAGUGGUUUAGUGACGAUCUGGCACGGUUCCGGAAGACGAUCGAUAUGCCCGUCCCGGGGAGUUACAACGACAUCACGGAAGACGCGGCACUGCGCGAUCACGUUGGAACGGUCUGGUACGAUCGGAAGUUCUUCGUCCCCCGGGCGUGGGAGAAGAGUGGUGAUCGGGUUUUUAUACGUUUCGGAUCCGUCCACUACGAUGCGAUUGUGUGGAUUAACGGAGUGCAGGUUGCGAAGCACGAAAUAGGUCACCUGCCGUUCGAAGCGGAGGUCACGAAGGUGCUGAAGUAUGGUGCAGAGAACCGUAUCACAGUGCUGUGCGAUAAUGUGCUGCUUCAAGUGACCAUCCCCCAGGGGAAGGUGGACAACCAGGCCAUUGACAAUGGAGUGGAGUUGGUCCAAUCGUACACGUUCGAUUUCUUCAAUUACGCCGGAAUUCAUCGAUCGGUCUUCCUCUACACGGUACCUCAAAUUCACAUCCGAGACGUCGUGGUCCACACCGAUUACAAAGGCAACGAGGGUCACGUAGACUACCAGAUUGUGGCAAGCACAAACGAAACGGAUGAUUUGCAGGUGUUGGUGCAGUUGUACGAUCGUAACGGAACGGUCGUCGGGAACGAUAGCUCCGAGGGGACACUGCAGGGGACGGUCGUUAUCCCGGAGGUGAAACUUUGGUGGCCGUAUCUGAUGGAUCCCGAACCGGGUUACCUUUACACGAUGGAGAUCACACUUUCAACAUCAAAGUCAAACAAAUCUCCCAAAGGUAAAGAAGGAGCUGCUGAGAAGAGGGUGUUGGAUGUCUACCGGACGAAGGUUGGCAUUCGGAUGUUGGCGUGGAAUAACACUUCGUUCCUGAUCAACGAGAAACCGAUCUAUUUCAGAGGUUUUGGACGCCACGAGGAUUCAGAUAUACGUGGCAAGGGAUUAGAUUAUGCGUUACUAACCAAAGACUUUAAUUUGCUCAAAUGGGUCGGUGCCAAUGCGUACCGGACAUCUCACUAUCCCUACUCUGAGGAAAGCAUGCAGUUCGCGGACGAGCACGGAAUCAUGAUCAUCGACGAAUGUCCAAGCGUGGACACUGAGAACUAUUCGCAGAUUCUAUUGCAAAAGCAUAAAUCCAGCAUCGAGCAACUUAUCCACCGAGAUCGAAACCAUCCCAGUGUGGUGAUGUGGUCAAUCGCCAACGAACCACGCACUAGUCAAAGCAAAGCCAACGCGUACUUUGCCGCAGUAGCUGAGUAUACGAAAAAGUUGGACCCCACGCGGCCAAUAACAGCCGCCAUUGCGGUCCACGUUAACGACGAUCUAGCGGCACAACAUUUGGAUAUCGUCAGUUUUAACCGGUACAAUGCGUGGUACUCCAAUGCCGGCCGGCUCAACAUGAUCACCAACCGAGUGGUGGAAGAAGCGCAAGCGUGGAACAAAAAGCACAACAAGCCGGUGCUAAUGUCCGAGUACGGUGCCGAUACGAUGGAAGGCCUCCACAUGCUUCCUGCGUACAUCUGGUCAGAAGACUAUCAAACACGCGUCUUCAGCCAGCACUUUAAGGCGUUCGACGCACUGCGGAAGCAGCAAUUCUUCAUCGGCGAGUUUGUGUGGAACUUUGCCGACUUCAAAACGGCCCAAACGUACACCCGCGUCGGGGGUAACAAGAAGGGUAUCUUCACCAGGAACCGCCAACCGAAGGCGGCCGCCUAUCUCCUACGGCAACGCUACCAUGCCCUUGGUGAGCUUGGUAAAAGCCACUUGCCGGAUGACCUGUUCCUGUACACCGUUCCAGACGACACGAUGGCCAAAGAGCGUACUGAGCUGUAAAUCGAAACCUACCUUAGACAUUGCGGAGUAUUCGAGAAUGUUUUUUGACGUUUUCUUCCAUUUACGAAUUGAUUAAAUAUACCUUUGUAAUACAA